AUGGCCAACCCUCAGGGUCCGGCCUCGGCUAUGAUUCGUCAAUCAAACCAAGUAUUAUAUCAUUCUGGUUUUGAUUCACAAUCGGGUCGAAUCAUAUCAUGUAGUAUGAAUAGUAGUUUUCCUUAUGAGCAUUGCUACCCUCAAGUAUCAUCACAACAAAUUCCCGCGCAAAAUUUCCACUGCUCAAAACUACCCUUAAUGAGCAGUAAUUUUCCUCAACAAGAUCACCAAGUGGUUUCACAUAUGGUGGAUAAUUCUCAACUCAGAUCGCAGCAGCAAAUGCGAACGAUUGAUAAUGCUAAUCGUCUAGCUGCUCGACCCUUUCCUCAUUCAAUUAACUCAAUAAUUUCACCAUGUCAAAAUAAUAAUCAGAUUGUGAUCCCUAUUCAGCAACAACAAUUUGAUCCUUCUUUAUCUCAUCACUCUAAACAACAACAGUUUCAAAAUACUUAUCAAAACGGGGAUGAAGGUAAUACUGAUAAUGAUUUUAUCCCGGUUCGUAAUAAUAAAAAAACGAAGAUCCAUCAUCAGACAACUACUGGAUCUGAUACUGAUUCUUCUUCAUCGUACACUGUUCCGAGUCAGACUGCAUCAACGAAUACAGAUAGUGUUACUGAUUCGCCAUCGUCUUAUUUACAUAUAUCCAAUCGUCGGUCAAAUAAUACUCGCUCAAACGUUAUCAUCAAUGGUAUAUCACACCAAGCUCAUAGAUUUGCUGAAACAAGAUAUGCUUUUCCACCGUUCAUUAUUAAAUUUAAUCAAAAUGUUACAGAAAAUGUUAUUAUCCAAGAUCUUGAACAACAUUAUAAAAAUAUUAAUAAUAUUAAUAUCAAAUUUGACGGUUAUCGUCGUUUGCGGCACUAUUCGAUGAAAAAACUUGGCCACAAACGUUUACCUCCACAACUUGGCCACAAACGUUUACCACGUCGGAUUUCGCCAAAACAUUUACCUCCACAAUUUUCCAUUGUUCUACGUAAUGUACCAAUUGAUCUUAGUGCUGACGAUUUGUUAAGAGAUAUACAAGUGGAUCAUUUGGAUGUUAUCAACGCAUUUAGAAUCAUAAACAAAGAAAAGCAAUCAACAACAUUAGUUCGUUUAGAUAUUCGUAACCCAACGACAAUGAAUGAUCUUCUACACAAGAAAUUUAUUUAUGUUAAUAAUGUUCGCUAUUUAUUGAUGGAAUAUGUGAGCCCAGUUAAAGUUUUACUAUGUUCAAAAUGUUUUGAAAUCGAUCAUUUUCAUAGUUCUUGCACACAUCAAUUGGAUGUAUGUAAAACUUGUGGGGAAGAAGUAGCAGAUAUUAAACAACAUCUACUUCAAUGUAAUAAGAGACAAAAUUGUGUACGUUGCAAUGGUGAUCAUGAAUCAAAUGACGUUCGUUGUCCUUUGAUAAAAAGUUAUCGUUCAGCACUAACCAAAUCAUUAUUAACAACAAUAACAACAACGAGUAAUAACAACAAUUAUCAAAAUAAACAGGGAUAUCUUCAAGUUGCCGAGAGUGAAUUCCCAUUGCUUGUUAAUCAUCGUUCAAAUCACUUCAACGAUCGUUUAUCAACUUUAGAAGAUAGAAUGAAACAGCUUGACGAUAACUUAAAUCGAAUUAUCGCCAUGAACGAACGAUUUGAAAAAGUAUUAAAUAAACAAAAACAAUUAAUGGAAAUACAACAGAUUGAUGUAACAUUUCAACAAGAAUUUGUUAGUCAAUUUGUUACUCCUGUUUGCCAACUCGUUUUAGAAAUUGUUCCAUUAUUAAUUGAGCAAAAUAUGGUCAAAGAUUCAUCAAUAUUAGCCCCAUCAUUAACAGCUUAUUGUGAUAAACUUGCAACUGGGUUUAUCAAAUGGAUGACGAGACAUACAGACAAUGAAGAUAAAAAACAUGAAUUAGUAUUAAAACUAAGGCACUCUCAUCAACAACAAGAAAGUAAGACAACACAGAGUGAUGAUAAUCAAAACGUCAUAUGCCUCAACAUCCGGAUGUGA